GAAGGAACCAAGCGGCUAAACCUGUUUCGGCGGCCAGCGAUAUCUGGCCUCUCCGUCAAUGUUAUUGAAACCCUCGACAACCUUCGACUGCCUCGCCCCUGCCCGUGUCGAGCGUGUCCCUUGCCCUUUUGUUCUAUUUCUUCGAUUACACUCGACUCCAGCAUGGCAACUCCCGGGCAGCCGAGUCCGCAGCAGAUGGCUGCGAUGCAGCAGCAGUUCGCCGCCGAAGCGGCCAGGCGAGGCAUGACACCCGAGCAGUUCGCCAAGCAGCAACGCGAGCAGCUGGCUACUGAGGCUGCCAAACAUGGAAUGUCGCCGGAGCAGUAUGUUGCACAGUUGCGGAUGCGAGCGAUGGCUGCCCACCAGAAACAGAUGGAGGCCCAGCGCCAGGCACAGGCGCAGGCAGGCCAGCCCCAGCCCCAACAACAGCAGCAGCAACAACAACAGCAGCAGCAACAGCCAUCCCCGGUGCAACAGCCACAGCAACCAGGAACGCAGGACCAGCCGCAGUCUCAACCACAGCCUCAGCGGCCAGCACAACCACAGCAGACCACACACCAUGUGCCCGUGAAUCCUUCCACCCCCGCGGACCCCAAGGCGGUGGCCGUGGCGAAGUUCCUGCGCUCGCAGAACCUGAAGUCGCGGACGUGUAUUCUGGAUGGACAACGAAAGGAUCUUUUUAAGGUGAAGCGAGCCAUCAGAGCUCUCGAAUCGCCCGCCUACGCCAAAGCAGCGAAGAAGAAGAACUCCCUCCUCCCCCCCGUGACAGACCGCGCAUCGGCAGAAAAUGUGUUUAAGCUACUACCACUUUCGCUGCUGGCACUGCGAGUGUCCAAGGUGGACCCUCACGCAGGCCAUAAUCACGCCAAGCCCAAGAACCGGGUCAAGGGCCUGUGGACGGUGAAGAUCGAGCAGCACCAGGAGACGGACCCGAUGAUGCACUAUGUCUUCCUGUACGAAGGCCCGCAAUGGAAGCAGAAGGCGAUGGCGGCUGCCGUGGUGGCAGGUAUCUUUGCCGUCGUCCUUUUCCCGCUGUGGCCGAUAAUGCUGCGCCAGGGCGUCUGGUACUUGAGUAUGGGCAUGAUGGGCCUGUUGGGUCUCUUCUUCGCCAUGUCCAUUUUCCGUCUUAUUCUCUUCUGCGUCACUGUGUUCGCCGUACCGCCGGGUCUCUGGCUGUUUCCCAACCUGUUUGAAGAUGUCGGCUUCUUUGACAGUUUCAAGCCAGUCUGGGGAUGGCAGGAGAAGAAGAAGAAGAAGAAGUCCAGCAAAUCAACCCCCACCGAGACCAAGGCCGAGAUCAAGACCGAGGCUACCACCACCGCAACGGCCACCCCUGACCCUUCGGGCGCUGUGAGACGCGAUCUGGCGCCGCGAGUGGAGGACGUGACUGACGAGUAGUUUUAUUAUUUUUUCUUCUUCUCCGCUUCUUCUUCUUGUUUUCUUUCUCUGCUUGGACUGUUCAAAAGGUAGUCUUAUUAUGUAUCCCACAACGUUCUUCCCACCAGUCUAGACUUCUACAUAGCAUCACUGGUAGUCCUAGGUCUAGCUCUAACCAAGUCAACCAUUGAUUGAUCUAAUCCAUCCAUAAAUACAGAUCUGU